UGCUCUUAGUCUUCUUGUGGUGACAAAGACGACUACUACUUUAUCAUCUUCCUUAAGAGAAAUAUAUCUUCUAAAAAGAGAGAGGCAAACAAAAAGUAACAAAACUGGAAUCAAAUAGUUAUGGUGGUUCUUGUGAACACGCGUUGUCGCUUUGCUCUUCUUCUGCUUGCAGCAUUCUCUUGCUUCUCCUUGAAGCUCUGUUCCGGUGGCGAAGACACAAUCACUUUCUCGGCUCCAGUCAAAGACUCAGAGACACUUCUCAGCAAAAAUGGUGUUUUCAGGUUUGGUUUCUUCACUCCUGUGAACUCCACUGCUGGGUUACGCUAUGUUGGGAUUUGGUACGACAAGAGUCCAGCUCAAACCGUGGUUUGGGUUGCUAAUAAAGACGCUCCGGUUAACGACAUUUCCGGUGUUGUUUCCAUCUCUGAAGAUGGAAAUCUUGUGGUUAAGGAUGGUAGAAACCGCCUUCUAUGGUCUACAAACAUCACAUCAACAAUGGCUCCAAAUGCUACUUUGGUUCAGCUAAUGAAUACUGGGAAUCUUAGGCUACAAGAUAGCAGAAGCAACGGUGAGAUUCUCUGGGAGAGUUUCAAGCAUCCUCACAACUCUCUCUUGCCAGGAAUGACUCUUGGGACCAAGAAUGAGAAUCUGAAGCUUACUUCUUGGAGAAGCUAUGUUGAUCCUUCAACAGGGAACUACACAGCUGGUCUUUCUCCUUUCGCGUAUCCCGAGCUUCUUAUAUGGAAGAACAAUGCUCCAAUCUGGCGUAGCGGACCGUGGAACGGUCAGGUUUUCAUCGGUUUACCGGAUGUGGAUGGGUUUAGCCUUAGCAAUGAUUAUCAAGGAACAGCUUCUUUGUCUUAUGGUAAUGACUCUUUCAUGUUUCACUUGGAUCCUGAUGGAGUCUUGUAUCAGAGAGAGUACUCUCGUGCUUCUACGAGAGGUUUGAACACUGCAACUUGUGAUGCAUACGGUAAAUGUGGUCCAUUUGCGAGCUGCAGUUCUCGUGAACUUCCACCUUGUAACUGCGUUAAAGGGUUUGCGCCGAGGAAUCAAGCAGAGUGGGACGAUGGGAACUGGAGUAAUGGAUGUGUGAGGAUAGUUUCCUUUCGUUGCAAGAAGGAGAACAAUGUAAGUAGUAACAGAGGAAAAGGAGAUGGGUUCUUGAGACUGCAGAAGAUGAAAGUACCAGUCUCCGCGGAACGGUCACUGGCUAAUGAGAAGGAUUGUGCUACACAAUGUUUAGAGAACUGUUCUUGCACAGCUUAUGCUUAUGUUCAAGGAAUAGGAUGCAUGGUUUGGAGUGGUAGCUUAGUUGAUAUGCAAUCCUUUUUGCCAAGUGGCAUUGAUCUUUAUAUUAGGAUUGCACAUUCUGAAAAAAGACAUAACUAUGUAGCAAUUGUGAUAUGCGUUGCGUUUGUUGCUGCUGCCUUUCUUCUUUUAGCAUGCCAAAAAUUCAAAAAGCGUUCAGCAGCACCAGAGAGCCGUAGAAGGCCAGAGCUAAUGUUUAACAGAAUGGAACCAGCUACAAGUGAAAAUGAGUCUCCUUACACGUUCAAGCCUAAUGAGUUUCCACUUUUUGAGUUUCAAGUGUUGGCUAAAGCAACGGAUCACUUCUCUCACAGAAACAAGCUGGGGCAAGGAGGGUUUGGUCCAGUUUACAAGGGGAAGUUACCAGAAGGGCAAGAGAUUGCAGUAAAGAGGCUCUCACGUGCAUCUGGACAAGGGCUAGAGGAACUUAUGAAUGAGGUUGUUGUGAUUUCGAAGCUGCAGCAUAGAAAUUUAGUAAGAGUACUUGGCUGUUGCAUUGAAGGUGAAGAAAGGCUGUUGGUCUAUGAAUACAUGCCUAACAAAAGCUUGGAUGCAUAUCUGUUUGACCCAACUAAGCAAAAGAUUCUUGAUUGGAAGACACGGUUCAACAUCAUGGAAGGAAUUUCCAGAGGUCUUUUGUACCUUCACAGAGAUUCAAGACUUAGGAUCAUACACAGAGAUCUAAAAGCCAGCAACAUUUUGUUAGAUGACAAUCUGAAUCCAAAGAUAUCUGAUUUUGGACUUGCAAGAGUUUUCGAAGCGAAUGAAGAUGCAGCAGAAACAAGAAGAGUUGUUGGGACAUACGGCUAUAUGUCACCGGAAUAUGCAAUGGAAGGUUACUUUUCAGAAAAAUCAGACGUUUUCAGCUUGGGGGUUAUCUUUCUAGAGAUCAUAAGUGGGAGAAGAAACUCUCACAAGGAAGAAAACAAUCUCAACCUUUUAGCUUAUGCGUGGAACCUGUGGAAUGAUGGGGAGGCUGCUUCUCUGGCGAAUCCAAUAGUCUUUGAUGAGUGUUUUGAGAAAGAAAUAGCCAAAUGUGUUCAGAUUGGUUUGUUAUGUGUGCAACAACUUGCAAACGAUAGACCGAAUGUUUCAAACGUGAUAUGGAUGCUAACUACCGAGAAUGCACACCUCCCUGAGGCAAAGCAGCCUGCGUUUAUAGCAAGAAGAGAAGUUUCUGUGGCUGGAUCUUCUGACCGGAGUAGUCAAAUGGUCACUAUCAAUGAUGCGAGUCUCACUGCUAUAACAGGACGUUAACCUCACAAAACCCAAUCUGUGUGUUUAUAUUAUGUUUUGAGAAUCUCCAUGUUUACAACCUUUAUUAUUCUGCUUAUGUUUAGUGAUUAGGAUUAAGAUUAGGAGAUGUAUUUUUAAGAAUUUAUGUCAGGUUCACUGACAACAUAUUUUGUAUUAUUAUUACCAGAGUUAAAACAACUUGUGUGAAACAAUA